AUGGGCUUGACAGGCACAACAAUUUUAAGUAAGUUCCCAGGUGCCAUCAAAAAGAUUGCUUUUAGUAAGAGUGCCCACCUUGACAUCCUUCAAGAGAAAAGGAAAUAUUUCACAGACAUAUGUUUCAUUUCAAAUAUACUCACAGGACUUGCAAUCCAUUCCACUGUAAUUCUGCCACUGAUCUACUUAAUAAUAGUAAGGAAAAAUCCUUUUCGAUUUGCAAUGGGGAUGGCUCAGGCACUUCUGACAGCCCUCAUGAUUUCUUCCAGUUCAGCCACUUUGCCUGUCACCUUCCGCUGUGCAGAAGAAAAAAACUUCAUCGACAAAAGAAUUACCAGGUUCGUUCUUCCAGUUGGAGCUACCAUCAACAUGGACGGCACAGCUCUUUAUGAAGCGGUAGCAGCUGUAUUUAUUGCACAACUGAAUGACUUAGAACUGGAUAUUGGCCAAAUAGUUACCAUUAGUGUCACAGCUACAGCAGCCAGCAUUGGUGCUGCAGGCGUCCCCCAAGCCGGACUUGUCACCAUGGUGAUUGUACUGAGCGCCGUUGGCCUGCCCGCCGAAGAUGUUACUCUGAUCAUUGCAGUUGACUGGCUUCUGGAUCGAUUUAGAACAAUGGUGAAUGUCUUGGGAGAUGCCUUUGGUACAGGGAUAGUGGAGAAGCUCUCUAAAAAGGAGCUGGAGCAGAUGGAUGUCACCUCUGAAGUCAACAUAGUCAACCCUUUUGCCUUGGAAACGACAACACUUGAUAAUGAUGAAACAGAGACCAAGAAAUCGUAUGUCAAUGGAGGCUUUGCUGUAGAUAAGUCUGACACUAUAUCCUUCACACAGACGUCUCAGUUCUAAAGCCAGUAGCCAGGUAAAACAGGAGCACUAAAGGACAUGGCCAUAUGCAAUAUCUCAAAAAGCUUAAAGGAUAACUGAGAAUUAAUUACAUCUCACAUGUAUUUGAUUUACU